CUUUCAUCCUAUAUUUGUCCCCCAUCGACAACUAGUAUAAUCACAAGCUUAUCAUGCCUCCCAAGUCUAAGAAGACCAAGGCAGAGGAAGCUGCCGAUUUUCUGUCAAGCCUUGACAAUCUAGAUGCCCCGCCCGCCGGUAUCGAAACAGCCCCAUCAACCUCUGCCCCAAUCGCUGCGGGAGAGCUCCCAAGGGCAUCGACUGACUCUGCCCGACCCAAAAGCAUCAAAUCCAGUACAGAUCUUUCCAACUCGGUAGAUUUGGGUCGAAGCAAGACCGCGACUCCGCCUCCUCCCGUUGUAGAAGCUGAGAAUGACGAGGCGAAUGAAGCUUUAGCGUUCCUCCAAGCUCAAAUCAACACCAAACGUGCUCCUCUUUCUGCCCCUAAACCAUCGGCACCUCGAGCAGCUACACCUCAAUCCAGCUCCGCUACGGCUGCUGCUCCCAGUUCGAGCUCCAGCGCUACUUUGGCGAGCGCACCUGUCAACGUUCCCACGGCCAGUGCUGCUUCGGGUGCAAGCAGUGGAUGGGGAAGUUCAUGGUGGUCUAGUGCGACGUCGGCCCUGCAGAAUGCUCAGAAAAUCGCGGAUGAAGGAUACAAGAGGGUCAGGACGGAGGGUGUCGCGGGAGUGUCUGAGCAGCUCAAGGGUGUUGAUCUGAACAAGUUGAGACAAGGGGCAGAAGAGAGAUUGGGAGGGAUCGUCAAGGGCGUGGAUCUCGAGAAGCUGCGAGAGGACCUUCUGAAGCACACCUCGUCCACUCUGACAACGAUCCUCGACACCGUGGCACCACCGAUUGCGGCUCAUGAGACCCUCGAGCUAUGGCUCGCACACCCAAUGUCAGGAUACGCCGGCGUCGAAGGCGUAGUCUAUCGAGCCUGGACCAAAAUCCUCGAGCAGACGGAGUCUGGAGAAUUGAUCGUCAUGUGGUCUGCGGAAGAUCCAGCUCAGGAGGACAUGGAAAGAAACAUGAACCCUGUCGAAGGGUUUGAAACCGGUUGGAAGAGGCAGAAUGAGCAGAUUGUCAAGGUUCGCGAGAGGGAAGAAGAGAAUCCUCAGGGCAGAGCCAGAGCGAAUCCUUCCGUACCUGUCACUACUGUUCCCAUCUUCCUUCAUCUUCAGCCUGUUCUCGCCCCGCUCUCUAUACCUGAACCGCCUAUCCUCCUGUCCCAGAGCAAAUCUGAGCCUGGUUCAGCGCCCACUCCGCCCAAACACCUAUACUUCCUCAUGACGCUUCAAGACCCUUCACACUCCCUCCGCUUCACGACCGUCUCGCAACCCGCUCCAGCCGAUUGGCUCGAUGUCGAAUACGAGAAGAGUGACUGGGUGGAGGAGAGACUGGUCGAAGUGCUCAGGAACGGAGUGGAGAUCAUCGCUCAAGAUUACGUUGCAACGAGAAUGGGCAUGAAGCCAUCGAUCGCGACACCCGCGACGCCUACCGAACCAAAGGAAACAAGUGCGGCUCCUGCAGAGACAUCCCAGGAAGACAAGAAGGCUUAGGGCAGCUGCCAAGGGCUCAAGACGUUCACUUAUUUGUAAAUAGACAGCGGUCUCCUGGUUUGCAUCGUUUGUGAUC